AUGAUCCUCAGUCGCCUGAUCCGAAUUCUUCGGGCCGACCACCUUUCUCUCCUCGCCGUGCCAUCGGUUACCUGGAUCUUCGUCGCUCUUCGUCGCUGGAGACGUUGGGUCGUUCACAUUGCAGGCGGGAUGUGGCGGAAUCCAAGCAGCGGGAGCUCUGAGGCUCUACGACAUUUGGCCAGAAGAUCAUUCUCGUUGGUCUCCUGGUUCAAAUCGUGGUCUUCGGUUUCUUCAAUGUCACGACCAACUUGUUACAUCAUCGAAUCAGUCGAAAGCCAACGUCGGUUGGCAUUGAAGGGAUUGCCCCGUGGCGAAGAUGCGGCUAUGUUCUCUGCAGCACCAGCCCGAUCAUCCUCGUACGAAGCAUCUUACGAGCCAUCGAGUACCUCCGAGGUAACCGCGGAUACCUCAUUUUGCGCGAGAUUUUUCUCUCCAUAUUUGAUACCAUUCUCGUGGCCACGGUCAUGGCAAUUUUCCUGGUUUGUGACAAUGCAUGUAUGUUGGACGACUUGUCUGGAAGACAGACUGCCCGGGAAUGGCUCGCAUUAA